CAGCGUUACUAACUAUACAUGACGAGUGCCUGCAAAGCCCUAAAUAGUACCCAUGAAACAAGAGCACCUCCGUGGAGAAAUUGAAGACGAAAGAAAGAAAAAAUGAUUCGUUCAUCGGGAAAAUUUGUAAAUACUGUAAUCAGAGCCAUUAAAUUAUCCGAAGUGUGUCCAUCGGCUAUAAACCACUUCAUUCCAUCUUCAAAACUCCCAAGAUACUACUCAUCAAAUGUCUCCGAGGUCGAUCCUGUUGCCUUACAAAUGAUAAAUUAUGGUGUUAAUCAUGCAAGAUCACAAAGAACAGAUGAAUCAUAUGGACAAGGUUUAUUGGUAUUGGAACAAUGUAUCUCUAGUAAUACACGAGAGGAGGAUAUACAAGGAAUUGCUCUAUUAGCUAUGUCUACUUUAUUAUAUGAAAGAGGUGAUUACAGCGGUGCUAUGGAAAAAUUAGAAAAGAUUCAAGGGUUAACUCAUUCUAAUUUGGGUGUUAAAGUUGCUGCAAUGGAAGGUUUAAUUGGACUCAACUUAGAAAUGGGGCAGGAUAUGGCUUCGUCCAAAAUAGCAGAUACUUGCUUGCAACUCUUGAAUUCCAACCUUAAACAUAGUUCUCAUGACUUUGAAGUGAUAAACUAUCGGGCUAAAGCGAUCAAGGGACUUGUGGAGUUAGUUCUCGGGAAUCAUGGAACAGCAGAGACGUACUAUGGGGUGGCUCCGGAGGAAAAGAAUUUUCCAGGGAUUGCUGUGUUAUCACAUGGGGAGUUCUUACAUGCUAGUGGAAAAUUUUCUUCGGCGAAGGAGUAUUACCAGAAGGUAAUUCAAGGGGUGCCAGAGACUGAGAGCUCUGUUGAUCCGUCCAGUUUGGCAACUGGUAAUAUGGUCUCAGCAGAGGUUCUAGUAGGGGCCAGCUGUGCUUUAGGUCAACUUGAAGCUCAUUCCGGGAACUUCGCUGACGCAGAGAAGAUGCUGACAAGUGCACUUACGAAAGCUGAAGAGCAUUUUGGUUCACGUCAUCCGAAAGUCGGGGUUGUCCUUACGUGCAUAGCUCUCAUGGCCAGGCAUAAAGCAAAGCUGGAGCAUUCCAGUUCUAUUCUGAUGCAAGAGGGACUCUAUAGGAAGGCAUUAGAUUUGCUAAAAGCUCCACCCCUGGAGGCUGAAGGUGGAGAAGCGAAGGCGGAGAGAAGUAACAUAGUAGCCCUUGCAAGAGGAGGUUAUGCUGAUAUUCUCUGUGUGCAACAAAACCGAAAGGGAGAGGGAGAAAGAAUGAAGAACUGGGCAGAAUCUACAUGGAAAAAUCAACGGUUAUCACUGGCAGAAGCACUGGAGAUCUCUGAGCCCUCCAAAGCCGCAGUAGUUGACACUCGAAUAAGCAGAGUUCUAUAAUUUCCCAGUCUUGGUUAAAGGAAAGCAGAGUAAACUUGAGCAAAACACAAUAUAUCUAAAUUAUCAGCCAUUACUGGCAAAGGGGCAUUGGACACCUCUCCAAGAGCAUUCUUGACGCUUGCAAAUAAGCCGAAAUUUUGUUCAACGUUCAGCAGGGUACAAGCUUCACCUAGGAUUUAGUUAGUUAUUCCGUAUGAUUACCAAAAACAUGUACUUUGUAUACUAUUUCAGCUUUUGAACAUAUAUAUAUAUAUAUACUGUUGAGCAUUUGGGGUUGAAACUUUAAAGCGAAGAAAAACAA